GUCAAACAAACGGUCGUUGAGCUUCCGCCCACCUUUGCUGCAGCCCAAUGCAAACUCUGACUACUGACAAUUGCCGUGACGAAGGAAAUCGAGCCUACUAAAACAGCAGAAAAAGUAUACUCAGCAUAUCGAUUCCACGGCGUAACGCCGAUGAUGAGCCCAGUCAUGCACACGUUUCCUUCAUCUUGGAGAAACUGAAGCGGCUGGUUUCAUCUCGAAUUUGAACCUAACGAUGUGAACUAGUACCCGAGCUCCAGAAGCACGCACGCGGACCACCGAGCCGGGCAACGAAGUCGAGCAUCCAAUGGCACAAUGGAAAAAUGCUUUCUUCCAGGGAUCUUUCAAACUCGUAUGCGGAGACGCUAGCCAAGGCUGGUGUUUGGAUCUUACCGCGAAUAUGAUGGCCAAGCUACCCCGAGAACUCCGCGAUAUCAUCUAUACGUACAUCCUCGAGAGCCGAGUCAUCGAUCAUGAGCAUCAGGAGCUCUUGGUCACUACGCCCUCGCUUUGGGACCUUGCAGAGUUUAGCAGCAGCGACCAUCUGUGGCCUAAGAGACGUACCAUUCUAGGUGACGACGUCCCACAUUACGUAGUAUACCAGCACGUCGACGAGUCUUUCCGGAUUGAAUUGGCAGAGACUUUGUACCGUACCAAACUGCUCCGUGUGGAAUGGCUCUUGAAACUCAAGGCUAUACUCCACUACGACGUCUUUCAGACCAGUUGCGAGCCCAAGGACCACAUGCGCAACAUUCAGAUCGAGCUCAACUUUAACUUUUGCACGCGAACACGAGAUUACUAUGCCGAGGCGGUUGAGCCUCUGUGGUACCUGCGCCAUAUCAAGCACAUCAAGGGACUGAAAGUCGGCUUCGUCUUGAACUUCAAGUACGACGAUGUUCUUCCAUUGAUUGAGGAGGCGACGGCACCUUUGGUUCAACAUCUGGUAUCAGAAGGUGCGAAGGUGACUUGGUACAAGAAGGGAUGUCAUGUCAUCACUGGACCCACCGAACUUGUCAUGCCUAAGCGAAACUUCAGCGAUACUGCACAAGAGUCCAAGGAUCUGAUCAGAGUUGCCAGUAUUUUCGGCCCUUAGACUGAUGGGUUGGUGGCCGGUGCGACACGUUUGAAUAUACCAACACGAGGUUCGCGAGCAAGGAAGACGUCUUUGGUUAGUCUAUAGCAAUGAGACGAAAACGCGUAUGCAUCAGCAAACGCGUGCUUCACCGCAGUACCAUGGGGUGGCGAUGAUGUGUCUCUCACAGAUAUUUAACAUGUUCUCCAACGCAUUCAAACCC